AUGGCGGAUCACGAAGACGAGUUGGCCGCCACCACCACCGACGGCUUCAAAGUCGGUGAGAAGAAGACCGUUGAGGAGUACGAGAAGCUCGAUCAAAACGACGAAUCUCUCAAGCGAUGGAAGGCCUCGCUAGGCUUGGGAAACGGCACGCCGAUAUCUGACCCUAACGACCCUCGAACCUGUAUCAUCAAGUCGCUUGCUCUCGAGGUGGCUGGACGAGACGAUAUCACCAUUGACCUCUCUGCUCCCGGUGCCGUCGACAGCCUCAAGGAUAAACCAUUCACCAUCAAGGAAGGCAGCCGGUUCCGCAUCAAGGCCACUUUCCAGGUCCAGCACGACGUCCUCAGCGGCUUGAAGUACGUCCAGGUCGUCAAGAGGAAGGGCCUAAGAGUGAGCAAGGACCAGGAGAUGCUGGGGAGCUAUGCUCCAAACACGACGGAUAAGCCGUUUUAUGAGAAGAAAUUCAACGAGGAGGAGGCACCAUCUGGCAUGCUAUUACGAGGGCGUUAUAACGCUGUCUCCAAGUUUGUUGAUGAUGACGAGACGGACCAUCUAAAGUUCGAGUGGACCUUUGACAUCGCCAAGGACUGGUAG